GUGCUUCAAGAUCGAUCAGGAUUUUCAUGGCAUAUAAAACAGCACUAGCCAUAAAUUAACAAAGAGGUUGUUUUCUGUUUAUCUUUGAGCACUUGCGACCCAAAACUGCUUUAUGAAUAUCUCUUCUGAGUGCUUUUGAGUACAGUUUUAGUUAUCAGCUGCUUCCUAGUGCAGUAAAUUUCCCCCCCAAAAAAAAUGCACAGAGUCAGAGUCGUCUCAGGACAUCUGUCGCCAUCGAACGGGUUCAAGGGGCAGAAUAAUUCGUCGGUUGGGAUUUCUCAUUGCAGUGCACCGACAGCCCCCAGUCCUGAUGAUGUAGUUGUAGUCCACGGGCUGCGAACUGCGAUCGGAAGAGCGAAAAGAGGCUCUUUUAAGGACACUACGCCAGAUGAAUUACUCAGUGCCGUAAUGACAGCAGUGCUAACGGAUGUGGGAUUGUCACCCGACAGACUGGGAGACGUGUGUGUUGGUAACGUGUUGCAGCCCGGAGCAGGUGCCCUGAUGGCGAGAGUAGCGCAGUUUCUCAGUGGUUUCCCAGAGACUGUGUCUGUCUACACCGUCAACAGAAUGUGUUCCUCCGGCCUUCAAGCACUUUUCAAUAUAGCAGGUGGGAUCAGGAACGGGUCGUAUGACCUAGGCCUCGCAUGUGGGGUGGAGAGCAUGUCUCUGCGCUCAGUCGGAAACCCAGGUGACGUGAGCUCCAGACUCAUGGACAACGAGAAGGCCCGAGACUGCCUGAUCCCAAUGGGGAUCACCUCUGAGAACGUGGCAGAGAGAUUUGGAGUCACCCGCGAGAAACAGGACGCGUUUGCUCUAAGUUCUCAGAAAAAGGCUGCAGUGGCUCAGGAAAAAGGUGUUUUUGAGCAGGAGAUCGUUCCGGUCACCACCAAGUUUGUGGCUGAUGAUGGUUCAGAGCGCAGGGUUACCGUUACCAAGGACGACGGUAUCCGCCCAGGCACCACGCUUGCAGGACUGGCCAAGCUCCGUCCAGCGUUUAAGCCGGACGGCAGUACGACAGCAGGUAAUGCCAGUCAGGUGAGCGAUGGAGCUGCAGCCGUGUUGCUGGGGCGGAGGUCAGUGGUGGAGGCUAUGGGUUUGCCUGUACUGGGCAUUCUCAGGGCCAGCGCUGUGGUGGGCGUUCCCCCUGACGUGAUGGGCAUUGGCCCAGCCUAUGCCAUUCCAGCAGCCCUACAGAAGGCUGGACUCACUGUGUCUGAUAUUGAUGUUUUUGAAAUCAACGAGGCUUUUGCUAGCCAGGCGGUGUACUGUGUGGAAAAGCUGGGCAUUCCGUUGGAGAAAGUGAAUCCAAACGGCGGGGCCAUUGCUUUGGGUCACCCUCUGGGCUGCACCGGAGCGCGACAGGUUGUCACGUUACUGAACGAGCUCAAACGCAGGCGCAAGAGAGCCUAUGGGGUUGUGUCCAUGUGCAUUGGCACCGGGAUGGGAGCGGCCGCUGUCUUUGAGUACCCUGGACAGUGACGAGUCUUCCGAUUCUAGAAUCUGCUAUGGAAAUUCCACAGAAGUCACGGCCCAGGGAGGACCAGGAAAAGAAACCAACAAACGCUGAUUUCUCAGGUCUUCCUUGGCACAGCAUAGCGCUAACACAUAAUCAACACUAACUACUGACUGAAACGUCUUUGAAGAACGAUGCACUUUGGAAUUCUUAGUAAUCGUCGGUGCAUUAAUUGCAGCAAUUAAUGUUGAUUUGUAUGAGAAGAUGACGUAACUAAAGUUCAUUGAUACUGUCUACUGUAAGUGCCUUUCAAAUAACGACGGUGAUUACGGAGAUACACAGAAGACAAAACUCUUUUUUUUUUUUGCCUUAUAUAUCAACUUCUAAAUUCUUCUGUUUUAUGUGUGAUCUGUGAAAUAGUGUCAUUACCAUAAAAUGUUCAACAGUGAGGCAGGGAAAACCUCAUGUCUUUGGCUAUAAAGACUCAGAACAUUGAGCUGUCUGUUCUAUUCAGUGUUUGGGCGCAUUAAAGAGGAUCACACUGUAUGACAUUACAUCUGAAAGACUGUGUAACAUUCAACUUCUGAUACUGUUUUUCUCAAGCUGUUUGAGAGUGGCAGACCCCAAGAGGCUGUCUCCACAGAAAGCCAAUGGAGGAACCCGUUAUGUUACAGACCAUAUUUUACUAGUCUUUAAUCUUGAGCAAAGAAAUGAACUCAGAAUGCCUUUUCUAUUUCUCUGAAAUGAAGUAAUGAAAUUCAGUCAUGUUCAAUAAAGACAACACAACACAACA